UUUUAUGCAAAUCCAAUUGAUAAGGGGACCCCUCUUAUGCCCUGCAUGACAGAGGUAAGGAGAAUUUAUUUUUUGGUACCAUCUAUACGUGUACAAUAGAUGUUCUGUUGCUUAUUUCUACAGUGAUUUCUAAUGGAAGUAAAGGAUGAGCUUGUGGCUCGAAGAUAGCUUCCGUGCCAUAUUUUACUUAAGUGAUUGCUUAGUGAGUACUCAUGACUUUAAACGUGAAAAGCCAGGUCAAUUUGGACAAGUUGUGCUUGCAUGUGUGGUGCCUCAAUGAGAGAGUAUAUCACUAGUUCUGAGUUCAGGGAGUGAUUGUAUAACCAAAGGUUGCAGCAUUUCUCUAUCGCGCAUGCUUCUAGCUUGAGGCUAAGUCUGCAAGUCAUGGGUGACACAGACAAGUCCAUGCUGGUUUCUCAUUUAGGCAGGAAACUCCUAAAUGUGGUGCCUAUGCUUCUCCUCUUCUCCUUGGGAUUUGUCCUGGGCAUGAUCUCCGACUCAAAGUUCCCAAACUUCUACCUUCCUUUCAUUCCACCAAUGCCCUCUCCUACGCCGUUUCCACCAUUGCCGCUGCUGCCAGUGUCAUCACCACCUCCACCCCUGCAGCCUACGGCAUCCCCACCAUCGCCUCUGCCUACACAAUCUUUGCCCGCACAAGUGGGGGCGUUGCGCUUCAUGCCAAACAACAUCAUGCACAACAUGACGGAUGAGGAGCUGUUCUGGUGGGCAUCCAUGGCGCCUAGGGUCCACAGCUCGCCGUACCACCGCGUACCAAAGGUUGCCUUCUUGUUCUUGACGAGAGGGGACCUGCCUUUGUGGCCUUUGUGGGAGAUGUUCUUCGCGGGGUACGAUGGCCUGUACUCCAUAUAUGUGCACACCGAUCCCUCCUACACCGGUUCACCACCGAAGGAGUCUGUGUUCUACGGUCGCAUGAUCCCAAGUCAGAAAACGAAGUGGGGAGAUGUGACCCUGGUGGAGGCAGAGCGUCGACUCCUGGCGAAUGCGCUCCUGGACCUCGCCAACGAGCGCUUCGCACUCCUGUCCGAGUCGUGCAUCCCCCUCUACAACUUCACCACCGUGUACGCCCUGCUCACUGGCUCCAGCACCAGCUUCGUCGACAGCUUCGUGAACCACGACAGCGAGGUGCGCUACAACCCCUUCUUCGCCGACCGCAGCAACAUCAGCUUGGCGCAGUGGCGCAAGGGCUUCCAGUGGUUCGAGAUGGACCGCGCCCUCGCACUCGAGGUCAUUUCCAACGACACCUACCUCCCGGCAUUCCAAGAGUACUGCGACGCUGUGCCGGCCUGCCUCAUGGACGAGCACUACAUCCCAACACUGCUGAGCCUGACCGGGUGGACGCACAAUGCGAACCGGACGCUCACGUUCGCGGACUGGCGGAUGGGGGGAGUGCACCCUCGGACGUACUGGAGGGACGACAUGAAGGUGGAGCUGAUCCGGGAGAUCAGGGGAGGCGCUGGCAAGAACUGCACCUACAAUGAUGGGGCCAACGGCAUCUGCUACUUGUUCGCGCGCAAGUUCGCCCCGGAUGCCCUCGAGCCACUGCUCAGCUUGGCUCCAAAGGUUAUGGGGUUUGGUUGAGAUGCUCCAAUGGUAGUACUGCCAUUUUUGUUUCUUCUUCAGGAAUGGUACCAGACAGUACCCAUUUCUGUUGAUAUGAAACAAAAAAAAGGAGAAUUUAUCUAACACAACACCACUACCAUUGUAUUCCUUGGAAAUACGGUAGUGUGUCAUGAAUCAAUAGAAAAUCCAUUGAAUUUUCUACACUGGCUGAAA